AUGGAUGGUCCCGACCAGAUUGGACCCGAUCAGUCACCGAAACGCACAUAUCGCGACAAGCUAGGACGCUUCGUGAGAGCUUUUACUACUCGGAAGGGACUCAUCGGCGACUACGACUAUGCAUUUCUCUUCACACCGAAACUCCCCUUCACCAAGCAACAGCGCAAAUCCGCCCCAUUCUUCGGUCUAGAUGAUAAUGUCCCCGUUCUCCUCGCCUUGAUAUUAGGCUUGCAACAUGCCCUUGCCAUGCUGGCUGGUGUAAUCUCACCACCCAUCAUGCUUGGCGGUUCAGCCGGCGCCAACUUCGGAACAGAAGACUACCAGUACCUCGUAUCUACAUCAUUAAUCGUAUCAGGACUCCUCAGCGCAAUCCAAAUGACCCGCUUCCACAUCAAAGGCACAAAAUACUACAUCGGAACCGGUCUACUAUCCGUAGUAGGAACCUCCUUCGCCACCAUCACCGUCGCAGAAGGCACAUUCACCCAAAUGUACGAAACAGGAUACUGUCCCACCUCGUCCGACGGAACAAAACUCCCCUGUCCAAAGGGGUACGGUGCACUCCUCGGCACAGCAUGUCUUUGUUCGCUUCUCGAAAUCGGUCUCUCAUUCAUGAGCAGUCGGAUUCUAGCACGUAUCUUCCCACCAAUCGUUACAGGUCCAACGGUUCUUUUAAUCGGUGCUUCACUCAUUGAAUCCGCCAUGCAAGAUUGGGCUGGUGGUUCCUCUUGUGCGUCUCCGCGCGCAAUGUGCCCGUCUGCUGAUGCCCCUCAUGCUUUGAUGUGGGGUAGUCCGCAGUUCAUUGGGCUUGGAUUUCUUGUUUUCGUGACUAUUAUCAUUUGUGAGCGGUUCGGGCCUCCGAUCUUGAAAUCUUGCGCCGUCAUCGUCGGUCUGCUGGUCGGCUCCAUCGUCGCAGCAGCAUGUAACUAUUUCGAGUCAUCGGGUAUUGCUGCAGCGCCCGUGAUAUCCUUCGCAUGGGUGCACACCUUCCCACUAUCGAUCUACCCACCUCUCAUCCUGCCUCUGCUAGCAUUAUACAUCGUUAUCACGAUGGAGUCCAUCGGCGACAUCACAGCUACAUGCGACGUCUCCAGAGUCCAAGUUGAAGGACCGAUGUUCGACUCCAGAAUCCAAGGCGGAGUCCUCGGAAACGGAAUAACAUGUCUAAUCGCAGGCCUAAUGACAAUAUCACCAAUGUCCGUCUUCGCCCAAAACAACGGUGUCAUCGCAUUGACAAAAUGUGCAAACCGCACAGCCGGAUACGCCUGUUGCUUCUUCCUCAUUGUGAUGGGAUUAUUCGCCAAAUUCGCCGCAGCCCUGGUAUCUAUCCCCAGCGCUGUACUAGGUGGCAUGACAAGUUUCCUGUUCAGCAGUGUGGCUAUCUCUGGUAUUCGGAUUAUCAGCCAAAUUGACUUUACGCGACGAAACCGAUUCAUUCUCACUGCUAGCUUUGCGAUGGGUAUGGGUAUUACUCUUGUCCCGUCGUGGUGGGAAUACUUCUUCUCUUAUGGUGGUGAUGACCGUGCCUUGGAGGGAUUGUUGAAUGCUGUUGAUUUGGUUAUGGAGAAUGGAUUUGCAGUUACUGCUAUUGUGGGUGUUAUUCUGAACUUGAUCAUUCCUGAUGAACCGGAUGAGGUUCCUGUUUUGGAUUCGGAUGAUUCGGAGGAUCAGGUUGAAGAGUCGAGUGAGCCUACGACUACGGGCAAAAUGGAGCCUGUGGCUAUAUGA